AUGCCGUCCAUCUGCCGUGGCUUCUCCGAUGCGCUGCCGUGCCUCUUCUCGGCCAGCCGUCCUGGGAUGCCAGCACAAGGAAACCCGGCAAAAGGAAACAAGUGCGUCUUUUGCAACGAGGACUGGAUGGAGGAGACCUGCCGAACGCCGCGUGGACGCCAGCGUGUCACGCGUUCGCUGAAGGCGUUCCGGGCACACUACGAGGAGCGCAGCUUCGUCUACAACACGGCCAUGAUGCGAGUCCCGGAGGAGUGGCACGGCACGUUCCAUGAAGCGGCCUUGCAGGGGCGGCGCGGACCAGCUCGGCAGCCACGCGGUGCCCCAGUAGAGAUGCAAGCCACCACUGCCACCGAAGAUUGGGGCCAGCACCUGGCCGGCCGGAAGCGCGCCUUCAAACACCUGCGCAGCAAGGAGGUCACGGCCUACAAGAAGCGCCGCACGGCCGACCGCAGCAGGGUGGCCAAGAAGUUCUUCCUGGAUAACGACCUCCCGGCCCCGCAGCCAAGCGAUGUGGCUCCCAAUGAUUGCGGCCUACCUGCCCCAACAACUUCGGACCGGGCCAGGUUCGUGGAGCUAUGGUGCAAGCUCGGAUCGUGGGGCAUCUGCGAGAAGUGCCAUUCCCUGCAGCCCCGCCCGCUAGAACCCAUCGACACCACAGGAGGGUGGCCAAGGCCACCAAGACCUGUAAGCAGUGUCGCGGCUAGCACUGGGUGCCCCAGCCGAGCGAGAUCCCCCGGCCCUUGCGGAAACUCAACAGCAAGCUCAUCGGCCCUCCGCCCCUUGGACAUCGAUGUGGGACCCCACAAACAGGCCGGCAACGGUUACCGCAUCCACUCCGCCAUGGUGCGAUUCAGUUGGUCCGAGCUCGGGGUCCAGGCGAAGAUCCGUAAGCUGCGGAACCGCAGACAGCGGGAGAAGGCGCAAGCGGCCUAUGAGUAUCUCAUGACCGAGGAGGCCGAGAGCUCCUACCGGGACUUCGUCAAGAAGCAUAACAAGUUCCUCCGGAAGUUCCCUGAGGCGACGGACGCCGACCGUCGGCGACCCCUCCAGUUCAUUGAGACCGUCGGCCUCGAAUGCGCUCUGUGGCCAUCGCUGUAUUGGCGCACCGAAAUGUGCGAGACUACCGAGCGUGCCACCGACUCCCGGCGCCUGGCUGCGGCUGCCGCGGCUGGCCGCAACGAAGCCUUGAGUGAUGAUGAGGAUGGCGACCGAGAGGGACAAGAGCGGCACAGCGUCAAGCGCAGCUUCAUGCGGAAGGUCCUGAGCCCGAUCAUCGGCUACGGCCAGGACUUCGAGUUGCUGCAGUUCCUAUACGACCUCACCAUGUGGUCCCGGAUCGGUGGCGGGAAGAACGCCUGUGCCGGCCUGCCAUUGCGGUUGGUCCUGAAAGGCGAAACGUUCUCUCCCUUGUACUGGAAGACGAAGCACCAGGCCUUGAUCGACAUGCAGCGCCAGUGCGGCUUCCCGGCCCUCUUCAAGACCAUGGCCCCCUGGGAGUACGGCUUUCCCUACCAUGUCUUCGUCCUGGACGAGAUGGAGAAGGGCGGUCGCGGAAGGAUGCAGCUGGCUGGUCUCGAGACGCUCCACACGGCUCACGUCUUCACGGAGCUCAACCGCGGCCUCUACAGCGGACUGAACAAGACCGCGGCCCAGGACGGCUGGAAGGACCACAUCCUGGCGUCCACGGCAGAAGGGGGUAACAAGACCGUGGUCAACUACUUCCAGCGCCUCGAGUUCCAGGAUGGCAAGCGCAAGCUGCCCACCCAAGAGUACCACGGCAGUGGGCGGGUCCAUGUACACAGCCUAGACUACUUGCAGAACGUCGAGGAGAUCGGCCUGGAGCACAAGAUGUCCGCCACGGUGCCUGAUGCAGAGGAGCAGCCAGCACUGCGAGGCUACAUGCUAGGCCGGCCUCAUGGUCGCAGUGACAGCGGCUGGCCGGUGGAUGGCGGCGAGUCCCGGUAUGACCCAGAAGACAAGAUCGUCAGGUUGCACCACACUGAAGAGGACAAGGCGUCGGGGCAUCGGGCAUUCUUCCCCGAGACGUUGGAGGCCUCGGCUUUCUCCGUGGCCUGCAGGGUGCUGUUCGAUUACCAGCCCGCUGAACCGGAGAUGUGGCUCUACCUCUGUGCGCAGCAGAUGCCGCCUUGCCGCUACGGUGGCACCAUGGUACCGCUCAUCGCGCCCUGGCCCGGUAUGGAGGCACCGCUGCAGGUGGUGAAGGCCUACGAGGCCUCGGAAUGGCGCCGCGAGGACAUGAGUCUCCUGGAGUUCUGCCGCAAGACCAACAAGGACGGUCGCAUCGCCCAGUGGGUGAUCAAGCUCCACAAGGCAGCGGGGGACGUGCAGCCUGCAGACGACGAGGCCACGAAGCUCCGAAAGCUACACGACUUCGCGAACAGCUGCCCGAUGAGCGGCGAGAAGCUGGUGGCCUGCGACAUGCUCUCGCUCUUCAACGACCGGUGGUUCGGGCAGUGGCUGGCUUUGCGACAGCCGUUCCGAUGCCUUGACGACCUCAUGCUGCCAGAAGUACAGGAGAAGGUGCCGCCCCAGUACGUCCACUUCGCCAAUGCCGUGUUGCAGUGUCCGGAGUUCUGGCAGGACGAGGAGCGUAUUCGCGCCGACCUGGAACUGGAGGCCAUGGGAAACGGCAAGAUCCAGACCUUUCUGGCCAAGGUGCUGGCACAGCGGGCAUUGGUGGAGAAAUUCCUCAGUGGGGAACUCGCGAAGGAGGACGUCGAUGGCACGCAAGAUUCAUUGCGAGAGGUGGGCCUGCUCCUAGAGGAGGAGGAUCCCAUGUUCAAGGACGUCCGGUUCAACGAGCGGCAAGAGCGACUGGAGAAGAGCAUCUGCAAGCUGCUGGACAGGGCCAAGGCGGCGAGGGAGGCAUCGAACGAAGUGGAAUGGGAUCGCAUCGUGGAGGCAGCCAAGAAGCAGAACAGGUGCCUACGACAGGGAGGCCGAGUGUUGUAUGCACUGCCCACGGCCCAGCAAGCAUUCAGGGACUUCGAGCGCAUCAUCCAGAUGUGGGAGGCGGCAGACCGGGUUCCCGUCCUCGUCUUUGCAGGUGACUUCUGGCAGCUCCCAGGCGUGCAGCCCACCAAAGCUACGGACAGCCCGAAGUGGCACAUGGUGCAUCAGAUCGAGCUCCACGACAUGUGGCGCUGCAAGGACGAGACCUUGCGCCAGAAGCUAGUCGCUCUGCGAACCGCGAUGCCCACGAAGGAGCUUCUGAAGCGCAUCUGCCUUCGCCACAAGGCCUGGUCCGGUCAUCGGAAGCCGACGGCUUGGGACAUACAGCAGCUCUACCGCAAGGUACCCCACACCACGGUUGCCACUUGUACAAAGAGAAGGGCCGCCCACGUCAACGACCUCUCCAUCUGGGUGCUCUUCACGACCCAGCGCAAGCGGCAGCUGGCCAAGCUCAAGGUGGACUGGGAGUCGAAUGCGGACAACUACGACGAGAAGAACAAUGUGAUCACAGGCCGGCCACCGAAGCCCUUGACCAUGAAAGUCUACAAGAACCUCCGCGUGCAUCUGACACGCAACGUGGACAAGUCCUCAGACUUCGUCAACGGCAUGGAGGCCACUGUCAAGAGCUACGACCCGAACUCUCGCUGCCUCCAUGUGCUCACCAAGACAGGUCGCAACUUGGCUGUGCACCCCAUUACGGACUGGGUGGAGGGCUGCGGCUACGUCACUGCUUACCCGGUCCGUCCAGGGUAUGCCAGCACGAUGCACAAGUUGCAGGGGGCCGAGCUGGAACAUAUCACUGUGUGGCUGGACAUCCCCUUUAUGCGGGCGGCCGGAUACGUGGCAUUGAGUCGUGUGCAGCGAGACACCGACUACCUCCUCGGUGGCAUCGUGACUCGCCGCCAUUUCCUUCCGGCAAUGUGA